AAGCAAGGUAGGGUAGCGGUUUGGAGGAGCCUUUCUGUUUUCCUAAAUCUAAUGAUUAUCAUUAAUGGGUGGCAUUUUGUACAAAGCGUAAUUUCGUUGGGCUUCUGAAAUGGAAACCCAAACAAAUUAUAAAUAUACUUAUCUCAAAUGAAGUACGCUAGCUGCCAAUUUCACUGUUCUUUGUAUUGCAAGUUAUCGCGAUCUGUCACACACCUCUGCACCCAUAGCAACCUCUUCUUUUCCUUUUGCUUCUCUUUGAGUUCGCCGUGUCGUUUUCAAUUUCGCCUGCAACAUACAAAAUAAUGUCCGCGCAAGACAAAACGACGUCCAAGAAUGAAGCGUUUGACGCCGACGCUGCUUCGAUGCUCGUGAAGGAGAUGAAGGGAACCUUCGCUUCCGGCAAAACACGCAAUUACGAAUGGAGGGUGUCGCAGCUCAACGCACUAGCCAAACUCGCUGACGAUCACGAGCAACAGAUCGUUGACGCUCUCCUAAACGACCUCGCCAAGCCACCACUCGAAACUGUCGCAUACGAGAUUGCUAUGUUGAAAAACUCAUGUAAAGUUGCACUUAAGGAAUUGAAACACUGGAUGACUUCAGAAAAGGUGAAAACUUCACUCACAACUUUUCCUUCUUCAGCUGAAAUAGUAUCUGAACCACUAGGUGUUGUGUUGGUCAUCUCUGCAUGGAACUAUCCAUUUCUGUUGUCACUUGAUCCAGUCAUUGGAGCUAUUGCAGCUGGUAAUGCUGUGGUUCUAAAACCAUCAGAAAUUGCUCCUGCGACAUCAUCCCUUCUGGCAAAACUGUUGGGAGACUACAUGGAUAACUCAUCUGUAAGAGUUGUUGAGGGGGCAGUUGAUGAAACAUCUGCUUUACUGCAGCAAAAGUGGGACAAAAUUUUCUAUACAGGUAAUGGACGAGUGGGACGCAUUGUGAUGGCAGCUGCUGCAAAACACCUUACCCCGGUUGUGCUUGAGCUUGGAGGAAAAUCUCCAGUUGUUGUUGAUUCAAAUAUCAAUUUACAGGUAGCAACUAGACGAAUAAUUGCAGGAAAGUGGGGUUGUAAUAAUGGACAAGCCUGCAUUUCUCCCGAUUAUAUUAUAACAACAAAAGACUAUGCUCCCAAAUUGGUGGAUGCUCUUAAGACUGAAUUGGAGAAAUUUUAUGGAAACAAUCCAUUGGAAUCAAAAGAUUUGUCCCGUAUUGUGAACUCCAACCACUUUGCUCGCUUGACAAAGCUCUUGGAUGAUGAUAAGGUUUCUGGUAAGAUUGUUUAUGGAGGUGAAAAAAAUGAAAGCAAAUUGAGGAUUAGUCCCACUGUCCUAUUGGAUGUCCCGCGGGAUUCACUAAUCAUGAGUGAGGAGAUAUUUGGUCCUUUACUUCCCAUUCUUACGGUCGAUAAAUUGGAAGAAAGUUUUGAUGUGAUCAAUUCAGGACCAAAGCCUCUUGCGGCAUAUAUAUUUACAACCAACAAAAAGCUCAAGGAGCAAUUUGUUAUGACUGUUUCAGCUGGCGGUUUGGUUGUUAAUGACACUACUCUACAUCUUGCAGUUCAUACUUUGCCGUUUGGGGGAGUUGGUGAGAGUGGAGUCGGUGCAUACCACGGGAAGUUCUCAUUUGAUACUUUUAGCCACAAAAAAGCAGUUCUUUAUCGCAGUUUUAUGGGUGACGCAUCAAUAAGGUACCCUCCGUACACAAAUACAAAGAUGAGAUUGCUGAAAGCUCUCAUUGGUGGUGGCAUACUUGGUAUAAUUCGUGCCCUGUUUGGAUGGUCCUAGGUUAUGAUUUUAAUUGUCUUGGAUUCUUGAUGCAAUUAAUACAUUUUUCAUUCUGGUUUCCUUGUAUUAUAAUUUCGAUUUUUAGUUUUAUUUAAUACUCAAUAACCAUGACUUGUGGUUGAGAGUAAAUUAUGUAUUGCUAUUUAUUUUGGUACGAUUAUUUUAAGAUGCACUAUAACUUCCCUACCAGAUGCAAUACUGGUUGUGUAACAGGUCUCUUGAAAACAGUGUUAUUAAUAAUCAAAUUGGAAUUGAAGUAUGAAUUC